AUGUCUGACUCUGACAUCGAAGCUUCCAAGCGGGCUGCCGCUAAGACUGCCGUCGCAAACCACUACCCCAAGGAUGCCCGCUGGGUUGGAAUUGGUAGCGGUACGACAAUUGUCUACGUUGUCGAGGCUAUCAUCGCCCUCGGUGUCGAUACUACUCACACCCGCUACGUGCCGACUGGCUACCAGUCCCGCCAGCUGAUCCUCAACGCCGGAUUGACGGCUGUCGAGUUCGAUGGUGUCCCCUUUGGCACAGUGCUGGAUGUGGCCUUUGACGGUGCUGACGAAGUCGACGACGAUUUGAACUGCAUCAAGGGAGGUGGCGCAUGCUUGUUCCAAGAAAAGCUAGUUGCGAUGCAGGCAAAGGAGUUCAUUUGCGUUGCUGACUCGCGCAAGUUACAGUCCCGCCUCCUCACAAGCUGGAAAUACAUCCCCAUUGAAGUCGCUCCCAUCGCUGCCUUCCGUGUUCUGAACAAGCUCAAGGAACUUGGUAGCAUUGACCCCGUCAUCCGCACCAAUACCGAUGAGAAGGAGGGCCCUCGCAAGACUGACCAGUCUUUCUUCCUUAUUGACGCUCCGUUCAAGCAGCUACUGAACAAGACCGAUAUCGAGGCUGGUAAGGAUGGUUCUGGCAAGGAUGGUGUGUGGGAGGUGAACCUUCUUGCGCAGAAGAUUAAGGAGAUUGUUGGUGUGCUGGAUGUAGGUAUCUUCUCUGGCAUGACUGGACCCCAGGCUACUGCUGCUGGUGGGGCUGGUGGGCAGCGGCCAGUAGCGGCGUACUUCGGUAUGCCAGAUGGGUCAGUGUCGAUGCGAAAGGCUGAGUAG